AUGAAUGUUAUUGCAGCUGUUAAAGCAUAUGUCCUAAAAAUGACCGAGGAAAGUGAACCUGGAAUGAAGGUAUUAUUAAUGGACAAAGAUACUACUGGAAUUAUCAGUAUGGUAUAUGGCCAAUCAGAAAUACAGCAGAAAGAAGUUUUCCUUUUAGAAAGAAUCGAUUCUCCUAAUUAUUCCAACUCUACUGGCCUUCGUUAUCUUAAAUGUCUAGUAUUUUUGAGGCCCACUCAAAAAAAUAUAACUGCUCUAUGCAAUGAACUUAGGAAUCCUAAAUAUGGAGCCUACUACAUUUAUUUCAGCAACAUCAUCGCCAAAGCUGACAUUAAAAUUUUGGCAGAACAUGAUGAACAAGAAGUGGUGAAAGAAGUACAAGAACUGUACAUGGAUUAUUUAGCAGUUAAUCCCCACUUAUUCUCUAUUGGUUUACCUACUUGUAUGCUCUCCCUGAGCUGGAAUCCUGCUGCUCUGCAGAGAACUGUGCAAGGUUUAAUAUCACUUCUCUUGUCACUCAAGAAGUCACCCACCAUCCGUUUCCAAGCUAACUCUGCCUUGUGCAGAGAUCUGGGAUCGAGAGUUGAUGAAGUAAUGGGUAAAGAGUCCUCUUUAUUUGCUUUUGGUCAAAAUAGUCAGUCUUUGCUGCUCAUCUUAGACCGUAGAGAUGAUCCUAUGACCCCCUUACUUAACCAAUGGACUUAUCAAGCAAUGGUUCAUGAAUUGCUUUCAAUCAACAAUAACAGAGUUAACUUAUCCAAUAUACCAGGUGUGGCAAAAGAACUGUCAGAAGUAGUUCUAUCUGUGGAGCAAGAUACUUUUUAUGCUAAAAAUAUUUUUAUGAAUUAUGGUGAAAUUGGUACUAACAUUAAACAACUCAUGGAUCAGUUUCAAGCAAAAGCUAAAAGUCAUCAGAAAAUUGAAAGCAUAGCUGAUAUGAAAAACUUUGUGGAAGCAUACCCACAGUUCAAAAAAUUAUCAGGAAAUGUUACUAAACAUGUUACAGUUGUGGGAGAAUUGAGUUCAAUGGUGAAUAAAUAUCACUUGUUAGAUGUUUCAGAAGUUGAACAAGAAAUUUCCUCACAGAUUGAUCAUUCUUCACACCUCCAAAGUAUAAAGAAACUUUUAGCUAACCAAGAAGUUAGAGAUACUGAUGCUGCCAAACUAGUCAUGUUGUAUGCUCUUAGAUAUCAAAAUAACAGUAAUAAUGAUAUAAAUGGGCUUAUUGACACAUUAAAAAAGAGGAACAUCCCUGAAAGGUUACUUAGGAAUAUUGUCAACAUUCUAGAAUAUGCUGGAUCUCAUGCUAGACAGAGUGAUUUGCUGAAUGUAGAAAGUGCUGUGAAAAUAACAAAGCGCUUCAUCAAAGGUUUGAGUGGUGUUGAUAAUGUCUACACACAACAUAAACCAUUGCUUCAUGAUAUUCUGGAAGAUAUUGUGAAAGGUAGACUAAAAGAUCAACUUUAUCCUCUGGUUGGGAAUCAUACAAACAGUGGAAGGCCACAAGAUAUCAUUAUUUUCAUCAUAGGGGGGGCCACCUAUGAGGAAUCAUUGACUGUUCAUACUUUCAACAAAAGUUAUCCAAGCUUCAAUAUCCUUCUUGGGGGUACUACUAUUCAUAAUUCUACUAGUUUUUUGGAUGAAGUGGAACAAGCUAUGAGAAAUGUAUCCAGGAAGCAUACUACUAGAACUAUAAGGAAUAUACGUUUUGAUUAA